AUGCCAGAGAAGGAAUUAAACUACAUCACCUCGCGUGAAAUUGCUGGUUCUGAAGAUAAAGAAGGCGGCGUCUACAUUGACGCUUUCGACGCCCAGGAUUCGAAACCACCAUUAAAAGGAUGGGCCAAAUUCAAAGAUGGGUUCAAAAGAGCCGACACUGAUGCCAUGGGCAUAGACCCCAACUUGUCAGAAGCCGAGAAGAUCGCCGUCUUGACGGCAAAUUCGCCCUUGAGUAAAUCACUCAAGAAUAGACAUUUACAAAUGAUUGCCAUUGGUGGAAGUAUUGGUACUGGUUUAUUCGUGGGGCUGGGAAGUUCGUUGCAUACAGGUGGACCGGCUGGUUUAAUCAUUGCUUAUAUUCUUAUUGGUACUAUGAUUUACUGUACCGUACAAUCAUUGGGUGAAUUGGCGGUCACUUUCCCUGUGGCCGGUGCUUUUGUCACUUACAAUACCAGAUUUAUUGAUCCAUCUUGGGGUUUUGCUAUGGCUUGGAACUAUGCCAUGCAGUGGCUUGUGGUGUUGCCGUUGGAAUUGGUGGCUGCGGCAGUGACGAUCAAGUUUUGGGACACGACGACAAAUUCAGCUGCGUUUGUCGUUAUAUUUUACGUACUUAUUAUAGCCAUCAAUUUCUUUGGUGUGCGUGGAUACGGUGAAGCUGAAUUUAUAUUUAGUGCCAUUAAAGUCACUGCUGUUGUUGGGUUUAUCAUCUUGGGUAUUGUAUUGGCUGCUGGUGGAUCGCCUAAUGGACGUGGGUAUAUUGGGGGCAAAUACUGGCAACAUCCUGGUGCUUUUGCCAAUGGGGUCAAAGGAGUUAUUACUGUUUUUGUCGGUGCUGCUUUUGCAUUUGCCGGUACUGAAUUGGUGGGGUUGGCCUCAGCUGAAUCGAGCAAUCCAAGAAAAUCAUUACCUAAGGCUUGUAAACAAGUGUUUUGGAGAAUCACCUUGUUUUACGUCAUUUGCUUGACUUUGGUUGGGAUCUUGGUUCCUUAUGACAAUACCGACUUGUUUGAUGCUGAAAACACCGCCUCGGCAUCUCCUUUUGUCAUUGCUAUCAAGUUGGGUGGUAUUAGCGGAUUGCCCUCGGUUAUGAAUGUUGUUAUCAUGGUUGCUGUCUUGUCCGUUGGUAACUCAUCUGUUUUCGGUUCAUCUAGAACUUUAGCUGCAUUGGCUGCCUCUAACCAAGCACCAAAGAUCUUUGGAUACAUUGAUAGACAAGGUAGACCAUUAGUUGGUAUUAUUAUUCAAUUGGCCAUUGGUGCCUUGUGUUUCCUUGCCGCCUCAUCAAAACAGAAUCUUGUAUUCAAUUGGUUAUUGGCCUUGUCCGGAUUAUCAUCAAUCUUCACUUGGGGAUCCAUCAACUUGUGUCUUAUUAGAUUCAGAGCCGCUUUGAGAGCCCAAGGUAGAGACACGGGUGAACUUCCAUUCACGUCUCAAGCUGGUUUAUUUGGUGCUUACUGGGGUAUGCUUUUGAACUUGGUUGUGUUAUGCUUACAAUUCUGGAUCGCUGUAUGGCCAUUGGGAACUAAGCCCAACGCCAAUGAUUUCUUUAUGAAUUUCUUGACUGUGCCCGUGGUGCUUGUAUUUUACGUUGGUCAUAAGCUUUACUCGAGGAAUUGGAAAAUAUAUUACAGAGCUAGUGAAAUUGAUAUUGAUACUGGUAGAACUGACUUGGAUUUGGACUUGCUUAGACAAGAAAUUGCUGAAGAAAAGGCCAUCUUGAAAGCAAAGCCAUUCUACAAGAGAAUCUACCAUUUCUGGUGUUAA